AUGUCUGCCAUGAAGCUCGCCAUCAUCUCCAUCGCCAUUGCCUUCGCCCUCGGCAACUUCGGCAACCCCGGUGCCGCCGGUACUCUCUCCGGUCAGGUUCCCGGUGUUCUCCUCGCCGCUGCCAGCCCUUGCGCCAAGCUCUCGCUUGCCGAUGACAUCGUCUCCCAGCUCGGUGAUGACCCUCAGGUCAUCGCCGCCGCUAUCGGCAACGCCAACUCGGCCCAGUCCGUCCAGAACCCCUUCGAUGCCACCGGUAUCUCGGUUGCCGAGCUCGCUAUCCAGCAGGGCUUCUCCAACUUCAAGGCUGUCGAUGCCGCCGGUAACGCCGUCGAUCUCGCCGGUCUCGGUGCCGGUAACGCCGGUGCUGGUGCUGGUGCCGGUGCUGGCAAUGCUGGCGCCGGUAACGCUGAUGCUGGUAACGCUGGCAACAAUGCUGCUGCCGCCGCCGAUGCCGGAAACAAUGCCGGCGCUGGCAACGGUGCUGCCGCCGGUAACGGUGCCGUCGAUUUCGGAACGUGCGACCCCACCAUCUUCCGCGCCGGAGGUCUCGGUGGACGCCCCGACACCGAGUUCACCUUCCAGUCCAACGAGCCCACCAUCUCUGCUAACCAGCAGGAGGCUCUCAACCCUGACAUCAUUGUCAACCGCAUCUGCGAUGACCUCAACAACAUUUGCGGUGCCAACGACGCCGCCAUCGCCGCUUGCCGUGAUGCCCAGCAGCUCCUCAAGGACCAGGGUCUCGGUGUCGGUGGUGGUGACGCCGUCGUCACUGCUUUCAACGAUGCCAUCCUCGCCGCUUAA